AUGUACUUGCGUAAAGCUUGGCAAGCUUUGACCGCAAGCAUCUCCGAGGAGGACUUCGUGCAAGACCGCGUGCUGCCCGUCUAUGGCAACACGCACACGCUCUCCACAGCGACGGCGCGCCAGUCCACGUUCUUCCGCCUCUUGUCACUGCUUUCUUGCCAUGCUUGCAAAGGCCAGUCGCUGGUUCAGUGGUCUUGGCCUCCUUUCCAUGAUGCGUUUGAACUUAAGUGCAUGCCGCAACUGGCGACCCACGAGGACGCGCUGAUCUUCUGCGGGGCGGGGACGACAGGUGCCGUGCAGAAGUUCGUGAGCAUCAUGUGCCGAUCAAACUGGAUGCUCCCAGCCUUCCAGGAGACCGAUGCCGAUGCCAAGGAGGUGUCAGACGGCUACUUGCGGGAGGAUCGCUGGGGCAGCUUUGAAUGCACCCUCUGCGAGGUUCGCCUCAAAACGGAAGCGAUGUACCGCGCGCACAAGACCUGCGAGAUGCACCAAGCCAAGCUGCUCCAAGAGCGGCCAAAGAAUCCAUUUGAAGGCACCCGCCGCCUCGUCGUGUUUUGCGACGCGCUGGCGCACCACUCCUCGCUGCUCCCGUUCCGGGAACUCACCAAGCGCUACCUGCAUGUGAGCACGGAGCCUUUGUUUGCCGACUCCAUGCGGGGAUCCCAGCAUGUGGACAUCGGGGUUCGACGCUACGCUGCCAGUGCGCUGCAAGUCAAGAGGAAGAGCCAGGGUGAGUGA